UUGGGCGGACUAACGCGGCCCCGAGUCGGAAUCCCCGCAUUUCCCCGCAUUUCAUCGUCUCCCCCGGAUUCCAGCAGCCGUGUCAGGUACGCCAGAGCCAGCAACCCGCUCAAUCAUCAGUCAUGGAAUCAGCUUCAAGAAGGCUUCCAGUUAGUUGUGAGAAUUGUCGACGGCGGAAGAUUCGUUGCUUGAACUCCGAAGAGAAGGCUCCGUGUGAUACUUGCCUUCGUCGGGGAUAUGCAGCUACUUGCACAUUCAGACGGGAAUCCGUCUCACAGGCGCCCGCUCCAAGCGGCGAAUUAUCGAAGCAGAUCCUCGAUCUUAGCAGCCUCAUCAAACAAAAUAUCAGUCUGACAACAGCGUCGCUUGAGCAACAACGAGGUGUGCGACCCUCAGUCUCUCCACAGUCUGAACCGACAAGUGGAAUCGCUUGCCCAGCGAGUGAUGACACGAAUACUCAAGCUUUUCCGACGGGUCGACUAUUGAUCUCAGCGUCCAGUCAUGUCCAAUGUCUUCCGUUCAACAGAGUUGGGGAUGCCAGCCUACUUGAAUUGAUACAGGAGCCUGUGUGCAACCCAUUUGCCAGCUUUCCUUUCUCUGCAGGAACCUCAAAUAUUCAACAUGACAUCUUUCACUCCUUGCCCUCCUUUAACCUUUGCGACAAACUCAAAGAUAUAUUUUUGAAUGUAUUCUCUCCACUCUUCCACAUUCUCCAUGAACCUACAUUCGAAGCGAAAUAUCGCGACUUCAAACAAGAUCCUCAAUCAACGCCUUUGUCGUUUCUCGCUUUGAUGUUCGUGAUAUUCUCAUUAUCCAUCACCUCGCUGGAUGAUCACGAUCCACUGUUAGCUGAGAUUGAACAUGGUAGCAGUCCAAGUGGUAAUGCACAAAGUUUGGCGUCUAGAUAUCGAUCCGCCGCAAUGAAAUGUUUGUCCGCAGACAACUUCAUGAGCCAGCAUAACUUGUGCACACUACAAUCUCUUAUUCUUUUGAUUUAUGCCCUUAGCCACGCAGGUGCGCCGGUGUGGUCAUUGCUGGGAUCGACCUUGCAUAUCGCAAUAGCGAUUGGAUGCUCUGUGGAUCCCGACCAAUUGAACGUGCAUAUUAUUGAAGCCGAGGAGCGUCGCCGCUGCUGGGCAGCAUUGAUGAUGCUCUAUACGAUCCAGAGCACGUGCUUUGGCAAAAUAAUGCCCUUUCAGAUCCAGGCCAAUGUUGCUCUUCCAGCUAAUGUGGAUGACCACGAUCUGAUAGAUGCUACGAGGGACUCCAUUCGGUCUUCUACCCAAAGGUUGACCCAAAUGUCUUAUCUACUCUGCAAAUUUCACUUGUAUAACCUUGGGUUUCAAAUAUGCCGGAUCUCAUCCUCAAACAUACUUCCAUCGCGCGAUCUGGUAGUCAAGUUAGAUGAGCAACUGGGAACGGAGCUUAAAAGACACAUGUCUCUUUUCGAGAACGUGGUCGAUAUGCCUUUCUACCACGUGGCACACUUCUAUAUUGUCAGCAACUAUACUCAUCAUCUUAUCCUUCUGUUGCAUCGUCCAUACCUCGGUGCCAUCGAUGGCGUACAACUUGGUGAACCUCUGGGAGCGCAUGUCCGUGAGAGCUGCCGACGAUGCAACGAUUCCGCCAUGAAGAUACUCUCCAAUUUCGAGAGUUUCCAUCAUAAUCCCCAGUUAAAGCCGUACCGCUGGUACAUCAAUGGUUUCGGGUCUUUCCAAGCAUUCAUGGCAAUCACGACUCUCUUGGUAAUAAUGACCAAGACCGAGAUCUCGCCAACGUUAAAUCUCGCUAUAACAACGGCUAUCAGGACCUGCAUGGACAUAUUCCGAGACAUGGCGGGGAAGAGUGAACUGUGCGCUAAAGCACUGGCGGUCUUGGAACCUUCGGUUCGAAACCAAAUGUCGGACAUCCAGCAGGCCCCUUUGGGGGAAACGUCCUUUAUAACGCCGCCAACUUCGGUACCAGACCGCUCUAUUUCAGAUAGUUGGGACAACCUUUCAUCAUUGGAGAACUGGAUCAGAGACAUUCCCUCGGAUCAAUGGUUACUGCCAUCCGGAUUCCCUUGGGGUAGUCUACGUUGACGUUACAAAGGCUUCUCAAUCAAUUUUUCCGGGGAUCAUCGGUAAUUUGUCGUGAUCUAGGAUCACAGAAGCAGGAUGGCUAGCAAAUCAUUUCAUACGGGAAUAUGAUCUUG